CUUUUGCCGGCUCGUGUUGCGUUGUUGUUGUGAUUGUUCUUAUUUUGCUUCAACUGGAACCAGCCCGCCCUUCUUCCACUUGGUUUCAUCAUCAAUUCCAUAAGAUCCGAUGCAGCGGGCUCGUCUAUUACAAGCUUUAUGUGUACAUUGGUCAGGCCGGAAUCUUCGAAAUGCGGCUGUAACAUGGCCUGUUCCAAGUUCUCGUUGGCGUUAUGCAAUUAAGCCAAGUCCGUUGCCUCAACAGCUGCAGCUUAGUAGCUCGGCGAGAUCUGGCACAGCUAGCACAAGGGAGAAGAGAACCCGUCCUACCGCCAGUAACAAUUCUUCCGCGACACCGAUUAGUCUUGAGGAGCAAUGGACCAAAUUGGAGGCCUACUAUCAGCAGCACAGUUUGCUGAAUUAUGAUCAGUGCGUGCGAUUGCUCGAACAAUUGGAGUCCACCACCACCUCGCAGCAGUCAUCACUUAAUGCAGGCCAGUUGCAUUUCCUGCUAGGCGCCUGUGUGCCUGAACUAAUGCCCGCCCAGAGUGCCCAAGAGCGAAUGGAGCUCUAUCAGCGCAUUUGGAAGCAAUUAGUAAAAGUGUCCCAACCGACUCUCAGCCAUUACCAUACCCAGUUGCAAGUUAGACAACAGAACCAACUUAAGCUAGCAGAUCAUCGAUCUCUGCUGGCCGAAAUUGCUGUGUUCAAUGGCCCGCCGGAUGCCGCCCUCUAUAGCGCCCUACUGGAUGUGGCUUGUGCUAGUGGAAAUAUGCGACAGGCCACCGAACUACUCACCGAAAUGAGAGAAAAAAAUUUCCCCUUGACUGAGAAGAACUUCCAUGCCCUUCUCUUGGGCAAUGCCAGACAAAGGAAUCUAGCUGGAGCAGAAUCCGUAGUGGCCAGCAUGCGAGCCGCCGGCAUAGCAACAGAUAAUCCAAUCACGCAGUCCAUUCGGUUUGUGGGCUAUGCCGAGAAUGGUGAAACAGCCAAGUCCAAAGAACUUCUCAGGCAGAAUACGAAUUUUACUGCUCCACAAAUAGUCCAGAUGCUGCGGGGCGCUUUGAAGGCAAAGGAAAUCAAUUUAGAUAUUGUACAGCAAUUGAUUAAAUUAUUGCCACGUGAUUAUGUAAAUGGUCUGGAUAUGCCCCAGGCAUUGCGUAGCCUAAGCAUCCAAUUGAUCUAUCAGAAUGAAAUCGAAGUUGUCAUGGAAAUUGUGGCUCUGCUACCCUCACCCAAGUUCAAUGAGAAUCAGAAUGUCGAUGGCUAUGCGGCUCUAAUAUUGCAAGAAUGUUUCCGUUCGGGAAUACCAUUGGAGAAGACUUUGGAAUUUGCAUUGCAAUUGAAACAACGGGGUCAAAAUCCUCGAGCUUUACAUUUGGUCACAGAGUUGGCUUUGCGUCGUCCACAUCAACCGGCAUGGGCCUUGCAAUGCCUGAAAGCGUUAAGUGCAGAGGGAGAGGAAUUGCGUCCACACUAUUUUUGGCCAUUGAUAAUCAGCCAGCAUCGCAGUCAGGGAGAGCAAGGGGUCUUGAGUCUUCUCAAAGAGAUGCAGCUAAUGAAAGUGGAAUGUAAUGAGGAUACAGUUAACCAAUAUGUGUUCCCGCAUCUCUGUCAGACACUCCAGCAGCCAGUGGAGGGCAUCCAAAUGCUUAAUGAAGUGGGCCUGAAACCAUCUCAGGUUUUGGGUCCGCUGUUGGCCCAAGUUAUCCAAAGACAAGAGUUUGAUGCAACCAUAAAUAUGCUGGAGCUGUAUCCAACCCGCCUAGAUUUGGUUCCAAUACUCCAACCUUUGGCCAAUUUGGCUGUUCAUGCUCGAGCAACUAAACGCUUUCAAAUCUUUGCGAAAUUGAUCCAGGCUCUACAACAGCAUUCUUCGGAACGGAGUGGGGAUUUCGUUGGACUACUUCUUCUGCAAAUGUGCUCACCCCAGUCACGUUUGCGUCAGGAUCUUGAUUCGCUGCAGCGAUUUUUACAUGAAAUGCAAAGGCUGGAGUUACAAAUAUCGCCAUCAGCAGCCGAAUCUCUGAUGGCCAUUGCCCGACAAUGCUCUAAGAAGAAUCCUCAAUCAUUGGAAAGCCUUGGCAAAACAUUAAACAAGAUGAAAAAUAGUCAAUUGUCGUUGCCAGCAGAUUCGUCAAUCCAUCUUGGUGGUUUCAUUAAACAUCCCCGUGACAUGACUCUCGAUGAGUUGGAAUGCCAUCUUAUUGAAUUGGAGGCCAAACAGAUGAAUACUCGUGGCGUCUUACGUCGCCUGCUGCAGCUUUCGGUCAGAGAUAAUCGCCUGGAGCGAGCUCAAGAGCUAUUAAUUAAAUGUCAAGCUCUGGGUGUCCAGACCAGUCCUGGCAUGUUGGCGUCCAUUUUUGAUUUAAACAUUAAGCGGAAAGAUCUCCAGAAGGCCCAAAAAAGCCUCAACCAACUGCAGACCACCUAUCCUGGCUUUCAAAUCGACGAGCAUAAGUUGAUUGAUUAUGCUGCUCUUCUGGUACAUGGCCAGCAGUUGGAGGUCGCCAAAGAGCUGCUCCAGCAACGAGCCGAACAACAUAAGAUCAAUGGGGGCGAUUAUGUACUCAAAAAUGUCUGGCAAUUGCUAAACAAUGUAGCUCAGUUGCCCCAUGCGAAUGAAUCGGAACCAAAUCUAACAUAUGAGAUAUUCAAUUUCAUGCGGAAACUUGGCUAUUGUCAGGCCCACAAUGCUCUAUUGGGUCCCGUGGUGCGCGAAUGGCUAAUCCGAAAAAAUAUGGAUGCAGCUGUGGCGGAAUUUCAACGUUUGGCCACCCACCACAAGCAUACACCAUUGCAGUAUGAGUUGCUGUCACUGCUCGUCCGCCUGGGCAAUGGCAAUGCCGAGGAACUUGCUCGCUAUCCAGGGCUAACAGCAGAACAGGCACAAAAGCAUUUGGCUGCGGUCACGUCAACAGUUAGCCGAGUUCAUGGCGCUUCGAAUAUGAAUAGUGCAUUACUCUUGGCUUUGGCCGAAUCCGGUACAGAGAAUCAAUUGCGUCGCUUGGUUAUCAAUCCAGAGUUUCGCAUUAAUCACGAUCUAUUGGUAAAGAACUGUGAACACUUGGGCCAGGAGGGAGCAGUGCGUACUCUUCUCCGUUUGGCGCGAGGUGUUCGUGGUGUCCAACGUACAAUUGACGAACAACGCAUCUAUGAUAUGCUCCUGUCCCAGUUUGUAAAGUCAAACAACUAUGAGGCCGCUUUGGAUAUGUUUGAACGACUCGAGGCCGACGAUGAGCUCAAGGUUUCGCAGGACUUUCUGCGUAAUCUAGUCAAACUGCUGAGGCUCAACAAUAUCGAGAUUCCUAGCAAUAUAGCGUUACGUGCCCAAAUAAGAUGAUUACUAUGUACAUAUAUAGUUAUUUUUAAAAUUAUGUUUUGUUUGAGAUA